AUGGCCCUGGUCAUGGAACCCGUGAGCAAAUGGAGCCCAAGUCAAGUGGUUGACUGGAUGAAAGGGCUGGACGACUGUCUGCAGCAGUACAUUAAGAACUUUGAGCGGGAGAAGGUGGGUGGAGACCAGCUGCUCAGGAUCACCCAUCAGGAGCUGGAGGACCUGGGGGUGUCCCGCAUCGGCCACCAGGAGCUCAUCCUAGAGGCCGUGGACCUGCUCUGUGCUCUGAACUAUGGCCUGGAGACGGAGAACCUUAAAACCCUCUCGCACAAGCUCAACGCCUCGGCCAAGAACCUGCAGAACUUCAUCACGGGUCGCCGGCGCAGCGGUCACUAUGACGGCCGCACCACCCGCAAGCUCCCCAACGACUUUCUAACCUCUGUGGUGGACCUCAUCGCUGCUGCCAAGAGCCUGCUGGCCUGGCUUGAUAGGUCACCCUUCGCUGCAGUGACGGACUACUCGGUGACCAGGAACAACGUCAUUCAGCUGUGCCUGGAGCUCACCACCAUAGUGCAACAGGAUUGCACUGUCUACGAAACAGAAAAUAAAAUCCUCCAUGUGUGUAAAACGCUGUCAGGAGUGUGUGACCACAUCAUCUCGCUGUCGUCCGACCCUCUGGUGUCCCAGUCUGCUCAUCUGGAGGUGGUCCAACUAGCCAACAUCAAGCCAACCGAGGGACUGGGCAUGUACAUUAAGUCGACGUAUGAUGGCCUACAUGUGAUCACAGGGACUACGGAAGGGUCGCCCGCUGACCGCUGUAAGAAGAUCCAUGCAGGAGAUGAAGUGAUCCAGGUGAACCAUCAGACCGUGGUGGGCUGGCAGUUGAAAAACUUGGUAAACUCUCUGCGCGGCGACCCCGCCGGCGUGACGCUGACGCUGAAAAAGCGUCCCCAGAGCACGCUCACCUCCGCCCCCGCCUUACUAAAGAACAUGCGAUGGAAGCCCCUGGCCCUGCAGCCGGUGGCCCCCAAGAGUCCCACGAGCAGCUCGGCCACGCCCACCAGCACCAUCAGCACGCCCUCCAAGAGGGACAGCUCCGCCCUCCAGGACCUCUUCAUCCCGCCCCCUCCGGCCGAACCCUACACUCCCAGAGACGAGAGGGGGAACCUCCCUCCCGAGGAGGUGCCGGACAGCAUCUCGGUGGCCAAGGGCUCCGAGUCGCCCAACUCCUUCCUGGACCAGGAGUACCGGCGGCGCUUCCCGCAGAUGGAGGAGGAGGCCAUGCUCUACUGCUACGAGUACGAGCACGAGCCCAGCCCGCGCGAGCGCGAGAGGGAGCGGGAGCGCGAGGCCAGCAGCCACAGGGACAGGGAGAGGGACACCUCCACCUACGGGAGGUUGCGGCCCAUCUCGAUGCCCGUGGAGUACAACUGGGUGCCAGACUACGAGGACCCGGCCAAGUUAAAGAGAGAGGGCAGGAGAGAGAACACUCUGCUGCGGUACGUGGGUGAGGACAAAGGCGGCGUACCUGAGGAGUACCUGACGGGGCGCAGCGCCAAGCGGGACACGGGCAAGCGUGGCAAGAAGCGCGGGGAGAAGGGCGGCAGUCCGGCGCACUACAGCCUGCUGCCCGCACUGCAGAUGGAGGUGCUGCGCCAGGAGUCCAUGUCCACCCCCAGCCCCGACUCCACCUCACUCUAUCAUACCUUCCAGGCGUCGUCCCUGCUGUCGAAAACCAAGAAGAAAAGCAAGGCCGGUCCCCUGUCGAGCAUCAGUAAGCGGCGGAUCUCGUGUAAGGACCUGGGUCGUGGCGACUGCGAGGGCUGGCUCUGGAAGAAGAAGGACGCCAAGAGCUACUUCUCCCAGAAGUGGAAGAAGUACUGGUUUGUGCUGAAGGACACCUGCCUCUACUGGUACAUGAACGAGGAGGACGAGAAGGCUGAGGGAUUUGUCAGCCUGCCCGAGUUCAAAAUCGACCGCGCCAGCGAGUGCCGCAAGAAAUACGCAUUCAAAGCCUGCCACCCCAAAAUCAAGAGCUUCUACUUCGCCGCCGACAGCGUGGACGACAUGAACAGAUGGCUGAGCCGGCUCAACAUGGCAGCGGCUGGCUACGCUGAGAGGGAGAGGAUCAGGCAGGAGCACGCUGACUACUGGAGUGAGAGUGACCAUGAGGACAACGAGACGCCAUCGACCCCCAAGCAGGACAGCCCUCCACCCCCCUAUGACACCUAUCCACGCCCACCCUCAAUGACCUGUGCCAGUCCCUACCUGGAGCCCAAGCACGGCCGCCUGUCCUCCACCGAGACGUCGCAGUCGCGCUCGUCCCACGAGGAGUACCGCAGCGAGCCACAAGGGGGCGGCAGCAGCAGCGGCGGCGGCUCGCCGGCGCGCAAGUCGGCCAGCCAGCGGCGCUCGUGGCAGGACCUGAUCGAGACGCCGCUGACCAGCUCGGGCCUGCACUACCUGCAGACGCUGCCGCUGGAGGACUCGGUCUUCUGCGAGCCGGGCGGCGGGGGGCUCUCCCCGGCCGAGGCCCGCCGCCAGUCCACGCUGCCCGCCCAGAGGAGCCUGAUGGCGGACCACUACGGGCCGGCGCCGGGGGGCGAGGGCUCCGGUGGCGGCGGCGCCGGAGGAGCCCUGGGCUUCGACCGGAUGCUGCUGCUGCCCGACCCGGGCCUGGCGGCGGGGGGGAAGCCGCGGAGCUUCACGCUGCCGAGGGACAGCGGCCUCCACGCGCUCCUCACGCCGUCCGCCAGCAUGGAGCAGCGCGACCCUGUUGUGCCUCCAGAGAUGUAGCAGAUGGAGAAAGACGAGGAGAGUGAGGGAAGAAAGGAAAUGUUUGGGGAGAGAGAGAGUGAACCGCUGGAGCACCGGCACGCCGACUCCCUGGGCGAUCUGUACCGGGCGCUGGAGCGGGCCAGCCUGUCCCCGCUGGGCGACCCGCGCCUCUCCACGCGGCUGGACUACAAGCGCUCGUUCGUCCGGCGCUGCAACGACCCGCUGCUCAACGAGAAGCUGCACCGGCUGCGGAUCCUGCAGAGCACGCUCAAGGACAGGGAAGGGGAAGUAGCUGUGAUUGACAAGCUGCUGACCCAUCCACAGCUGACCUCCGCCUCGCUGCGGGAGUGGAAGAGAAUGUACCUGGAGGUGUUCUCGGAGGAGCCGCAGCACGAGCGCGAGCCGACGCCCAGCCCUGAGUCAGAGCCCAGCCCCGGCCCCGGCCCGCCUACGCUCUCACACACACACUCCUACAUCGAGACCCAUGUGUGA